AUGAAGCAAAUUAUCAACAUUUUUCAAUGUUUCAUUUGCUUCUUCUCUAUUCAUUCAGUGGAAAAUUAUCGAACGCAGAAAGUAUCACAACGUACGUUAGAUAAUAUCAAACAACUUAUCACAUUAAAAGUACAAAGGCAAAUUGAAAAUAUCGAUAAUGCAUUAUUAGCCGAUCAAAUAAUAUUACAACGAAGAAAUCCUGAAGCAAAACGGCAUCAUAAUGAACUAUCGAUUAAUAAUCCGGAUGCAUACUAUCAAGGUGAUAUCGAUUUGUCGGAAAAGCAAGCCGAAAUGCUAAGCAAACAUUUGAAAAGUGAAAUUGUUUUGAAGGAAAAAGAAGAUGAAAUUAUACGUCAAAAACGAAGCGUUGGCCUUGAACCGUUUUACGUACGUUGGGAUCAUAGACGUCCUAUCAGCUAUGAUUUUGCCGAAACUAUUCCACUGGAAACACGGGCAAAAAUCCGCGCAGCAAUAGCAAUGUGGGAAGAGCGCACCUGCAUAAGAUUCCAAGAAAAUGGCCCAAAUAUAGAUCGAAUUGAAUUUUUUGAUGGUGGCGGAUGUUCAAGUUUUGUCGGCCGAACAGGAGGCACGCAAGGAAUUUCAAUUUCAACUCCAGGAUGUGAUAUAAUUGGUAUUAUAUCACAUGAAAUUGGUCAUACAUUGGGAAUAUUUCAUGAACAAGCACGUCUUGAUCAGAAAAAUCAUAUUUUUAUUAAUUACAAUAAUAUUCCACUGAGCCGUUGGAAUAACUUUUUUCCAAUAUCACAACAUGAAGCUGAUAUGUUUAAUUUACCCUAUGAUACGGGAUCAGUAAUGCAUUAUGGACCAUAUGGAUUUGCAACAGAUCCGUACGUACCAACUAUUACAACACGUAAUAAAUUUCAUCAGUACACAAUUGGGCAACGUGAAGGGCCAUCGUUUCUGGAUUAUGCAGCUAUUAACAUUGCUUAUCGUUGUACGGAACAUUGUGCUAAUAUACAAUGCGAUCAUAAUGGUUAUCCGAAUCCUAAUAAUUGUGCAAAAUGCCUAUGUCCAGAUGGUUUUGCUGGUAGUACCUGUCAAUUUGUUCAAUAUACAUCUUGUGGAGCUCUCAUUAAGGUAAACAUUAUUUAUUUAUUUUUUGGCCUCUUUUUUGAUCAACAAUAUUAUUAUACUAUAGGUUAA